AUGGCUACCUUGCCUGCGGAGCCGAGCGCGGGGCCGGCGGCUGGGGGGGAGGCAGUGGCGGCGGCGGCGGCCGAAGAGGAGGAGGAGGAAGCGCGCCAGCUCCUGCAGACUUUGCAGGCGGCCGAGGGUGAGGCGGCGGCGGCGGCCGGGGCCGGGGCGGGCGAAGCGGCGGCGGGAGCGGAGGGCCCGGGGUCCCCGGGCGUCCCCGGAUCGUCCCCCGAGGCCGCUGCCGAGCCGUCCACGGGCCUCCGCUUCUCGCCCGAGCAGGUGGCGUGCGUAUGCGAGGCGCUGCUACAGGCGGGCCACGCCGGCCGCUUGAGCCGCUUCCUGGGCGCACUGCCCCCGGCCGAACGCCUACGUGGCAGCGAUCCGGUGCUGCGCGCUCGGGCCCUGGUGGCCUUCCAGCGGGGCGAGUACGCCGAGCUCUACCGGCUGCUCGAGAGCCGCCCCUUCCCCGCCGCCCACCACGCCUUCCUGCAGGACCUCUACCUGCGCGCGCGCUACCACGAGGCCGAGCGGGCCCGCGGCCGCGCGCUGGGCGCAGUGGACAAGUACCGUCUGCGCAAGAAGUUCCCGCUGCCCAAGACCAUCUGGGACGGCGAGGAGACCGUCUACUGCUUCAAGGAGCGCUCCCGCGCCGCGCUCAAGGCCUGCUACCGCGGCAACCGCUACCCCACGCCGGACGAGAAGCGCCGCCUGGCCACGCUCACCGGCCUCUCGCUCACGCAGGUCAGCAACUGGUUCAAGAACCGGCGACAGCGCGACCGGACCGGGGGCAGCGGCGGCGCGCCCUGCAAGAGCGAGUCUGAUGGGAACCCCACAACUGAGGACGAGUCCAGCCGCAGUCCUGAGGACUUGGACAGGGGGGUGGCUCCCGUGGCCGCCGAGGCCCCGGCCCAGGGCUCCAUAUUCCUGGCUGGGGCCGCCCCUCCCGCGCAGUGCCCUGCCUCGUCUUCCAUUCUGGUGAACGGGAGCUUCCUGGCAGCCGGCAGCCCUCCAGCAGUGCUCCUGAAUGGCAGCCCCGUCAUCAUCAACAGCCUGGCCCUGGGCGAGGCCUCCAGCCUGGGGCCCCUGCUGCUCACAGGGGGCGGUGGCGCCCCUCCACCGCAGCCCAGUCCCCAGGGGGCCAGCGAAGGCAAGGCAUCCCUGGUCCUGGACCCUCAGACCGGGGAGGUUCGACUGGAGGAGGCUCAGCCUGAGGCCCCCGAGACCAAGGGGACCCAGGUGGCUGCUUCAGGGCAGGCUGGAGAGGAGGUCCCCGGGCCUCUGUCCCAAGUGGUGCCCGGCCCUCCCCCGGCUGCCCCCUUUCCUUUGCCCCCAGGGCCAGUGCCUUCCGUGGCUGCUCCACAAGUGGUGCCCCUCUCCCCACCCCCUGGUUACCCUGCAGGCCUGAGCCCCGCCUCCCCACUGUUGAACCUGCCCCAGGUGGUGCCCACCUCGCAGGUGGUGACCCUGCCCCAGGCGGUGGGGCCACUGCAGCUGCUGGCAGCUGGGCCCGGCAGCCCGGUGAAGGUGGCCGCUGCAGCAGGCCCCGCCAACGUGCACCUGAUCAACUCCGGGGUGGGCGUCACGGCCCUGCAGCUGCCUUCGGCCACUGCCCCAGGAAACUUCCUCCUGGCCAACCCUGUGUCCGGCAGCCCCAUCGUGACGGGUGUGGCCGUGCAGCAGGGCAAGAUCAUCCUCACGGCCACCUUCCCCACCAGCAUGCUGGUAUCCCAGGUCCUGCCACCCGCCCCCAGCCUCGCCCUGCCCCUGAAGCCAGACUCGGCCAUCUCAGUGCCCGAAGGGGCCCUCCCGGUGGCCCCCAGCCCCGCUCUCCCGGAGGCCCACGCCCUGGGCGCACUUUCUGCACAGCCGCCACCCGCCCCUGCCGCCACCGCCGCCGCCAGCCUGCCCUUCUCCCCAGAAUCCUCCGGCCUCCUGCCCGGCUUCCCGGCGCCCCCGCCUGAGGGGCUCAUGGUGUCCCCCGCAGCCCUGCCCAUCUGGCCGGCGGGGCUGGAACUGAGCGCGGGUACAGAGGGGCUGCUAGAAGCAGAGAAGGGGCUGGGCACGCAGGCCCCCCACACCGUGCUGAGGCUGCAGGACCCCGACCCCGAGGGCCUGCUCUUGGGGGCCACGGCGGGGGGCGAGGUUGAUGAGGGGCUGGAAGCUGAGACCAAGGUCCUGACCCAGCUGCAGUCGGUGCCUGUGGAAGAGCCCCUGGAACUGUGACCCCAACGCCUCAUCGCCCAUUCUGACAAUGGUGCUCGAGAUCCAGGAU